GGUGGGGCCAAGAGAGGCGCAGAAGACCGAAGUUGGGGCCUGAGCAGCGCGUGGUCAUGUUGGCCAGUGGGGCUGUGGAUCCUGGCCUCCCGGCGGCUGCUGCUGCCCCCUCGCCCGUCCAGACCCGACAGCCCGGGACGGGGCACUUGUUCCGGCCUAUUAGCGCUGAUGACGAGGAGCAGCAGCCUACCGAGAUCGAAUCGCUGUGCAUGAACUGCUACCGUAAUGGCAUGACGCGCCUCCUGCUCACCGAGAUUCCCUUCUUUAGAGAAAUAAUCGUGAGCUCCUUUUCCUGCGAGCACUGUGGCUGGAACAACACGGAGAUCCAGUCGGCAGGCAGGAUACAGGACCAGGGAGUGCGCUAUACUUUGACCGUCAGGGCCCAGGAGGACAUGAACAGAGAAGUAGUGAAGACUGACUCUGCCACCACAAGGAUCCCAGAGCUGGAUUUUGAAAUUCCUGCCUUCAGCCAGAAAGGAGCUCUGACUACUGUUGAAGGAUUGAUCAGCCGUGCCGUCUCUGGCCUGGAGCUGGAUCAGCCCUCACGAAGGGCGAAUGAAGAAGCCACGGCUGAAAGAAUUGAUGAGUUCAUUGUCAAACUGAAGGAGCUAAAGCAAGUGGCCUCUCCUUUCACCCUGAUCAUUGAUGAUCCCUCAGGGAACAGCUUUGUGGAAAACCCACAUGCUCCCCGGAAAGAUGAUGCCCUGGUGAUCACACACUAUAAUCGGACUCUACAGCAGGAAGAGAUGCUGGGGCUCCAGGCAGAGGAACCAGAAGAGAAACCAGAAGAGGAAGAUCUCAGAAACGAAGUGCUCCAGUUCAACACCAACUGCCCGGAAUGCAAUGCUCCAGCCCAGACCAACAUGAAGCUAGUUCAAAUUCCCCACUUUAAGGAGGUUAUCAUCAUGGCUACCAACUGCGAGAACUGCGGCCAUCGGACCAAUGAGGUGAAAUCUGGAGGUGCAGUAGAGCCCUUGGGCACCAGGAUCACCUUCUACAUCACUGAUCCCUCAGAUAUGACUCGAGACCUGCUCAAGUCCGAGACAUGUAGUAUGGAAAUCCCAGAGCUGGAAUUUGAACUGGGAAUGGCUGUCCUUGGGGGCAAGUUCACCACACUGGAGGGGAUACUGAAGGACAUCCGGGAACUGGUGACCAAGAACCCUUUCACACUGGGCGACAGUUCCAGUCCUGGCCGGACAGAGAAACUGCAGGAGUUUAGCCAGAAGUUGAACCAGAUCAUUGAGGGUAACAUGAAGGCCCACUUUGUUAUGGAUGAUCCAGCAGGAAACAGCUACUUGCAGAACGUGUACGCACCAGAAGAUGAUCCUGAGAUGAAGGUGGAGCACUAUAAUCGCACAUUUGACCAAAACGAGGAACUGGGGCUCAAUGACAUGAAGACGGAGGGCUAUGAGACAGGUCUGGCUUCCCAGCGGUAGCCGUGGGUGGUUCCCGGCCAGCCUCCAGUGCUGCUCAGACCGCAGGGUUAUUUAUUGCUAUUGGAAAAGACUGGAGUGGCCUCCCUACCAGGCCUUGCCCAUGUGGGGAGGACACCUGGUCUGAGUCAGAGAUCUGAGCACAAUUUCUGAACAGUUUGUGACGGAAACGCAAGCCUCUUGGGUUACUUGACCUUGUUUUGGAGGAUUUGAAUUGGCCUGCGAAGAAACCCAGAAAUGAACCCUCAGGCAUGUCAUUGUCAUUUUUUUCCUAUAAAGUCUUUACCCUCCCUCCACACAAUGCUCUCUCAUGUCAAGUUGGAACUCUGAAGAGCUGGAGAAGGUGAAGACAGCUACGUCUGGAGUUUGGAAGUUGGUUUGGGUGUAUAAAAUACUGACUCUCAACAGGAAGAGAGUCUUCUGAGGGGAGGGAGUCUAGGACAGGUGAAGAAGUUCUCAUUAAAAUGGUGGCUUUCAAACAGCACUGGCCUCUGAAAUCACUCUGUCCUUGUUUUAUUAUUAUGUAUUAUUAUUUUAUUUUUAUUUUGCACUCUGUCCUUGUUUGUUAUGCUGGUAGAAUUCAACCUCCUGAAGAAAAUUUUCUCCGGUGUGGCUACUGUAAUUUGGGGACUGGAGCUGGCAUUUCACUCAUUCCUUCAAUAGAUGUUUGAGUGCUUGCUUUGUGCCUGGCACAUCAUAGAACUGAACAAAAUAAAGCUCUGCUUUCACGGAGCCUCAAGUGUAGUGGGGAAAAUUGGCAAACAGAGUGGGUGGGGGGUUGACAAGAAACCAACAAGUAGAACAGUGUCAGAUUAAUCACCAUGUUAUGGAGGAAUGUCAAGCAGGGAAGGGGUCUGGGUAGUGCCAGGGAAGGUGGGGGCAUUAGCUUUAUGAGAUGGAACUGCAGAGACAGGGCAAAACUUAGACCAUGCCACUGGUCGUGAAUGCAUUUGAUCCUGCUUAACUGCCCUGUGAGGCAGGGUUAAGACCUGAGCUUAGUCUUGUCAGGCUAAGGUUUGGUACUGAGUAGAAAGGGUAGAGGUGGAACUGAAGACAGAAAUGGGCAGGAGGCGAUGGGGUGGAGAGGACUAUACUGGUAAUGUUCACUGGAGCAGAAAUAUGAGACUUUCCCGAUGUCUGCUGACACCAGGGUGGAGGCAGGGCUGUGGAGUUCAGCUUGAGAUACACUGAAGUGUACUAGAAGCCAAGGCAGGGUUGUGGAUGGGAGACCUGUGGGGCCCUGCAGCUAGUGAAGCCCUAUCAGUCCAGUGCCCCCUUCUCAUAGGCCCUGAGGGACCCAGCCUGCUCUUCUUCCUGGGCCUGUGCUGUGACCACCCAGUAUAGCCCAGUGGUUAAAAGUUCAUGCUUCAGGGCAGUGACCUCCAAACCUGUUUUCUUAUGUAUAUUUUCUGAACAUGUGU